AUGCCCGACAAGGCCGCCGAAGCUUCACGCAGACACCGCAUCGCUGCAGAGCUGCGACCGCAAGCCGCCGUGGUGGAGGGUGCCGGCUUCCCCGAGCUGCCCUUGGACUGCAUUCUGCUGACCACGGAACAGAUUCGCCUGGCUGCUACUUCCUCGCCGGCUGUACAGGAGCCGUUUGAGGCAAGCGUCAGCCCUGAAUCGGUGCUGCUCUACACAUACACUGGUGGAACGACGAAGUUCAGCAAAUGCGUUGUAGUGCUGAAUGCGAUGGCGCUCUGGGAGAUUUCGAACUAUCACACCGUGAUGCAAGGACGCAUGUCCAGCGCGGAUCGUGUGCUGCAGUUUACGUCGGCCUACUGGGGCGCGGCUGCCUUUGGUCAGAUUGACAUUGCUUUGGCCUUUGGAGCUUGCGUCGUUUUCGUCCCGACCGAACCCGGUGCGAAAGGACUGGCGGCAGCAGUCGAAAGAUACCGAAUCUCGGUUCUGGGCACUGUCCCAUCCUUACUGCGGGCCACAUAUCCAGGAGGUCCCGCUUCGGCGCCAUCCAGCUUGCGGGUGAUUCUCACCUGGGGGGAGGCCCUUCCGGUCAAGGUCAGCAGGGUCUGGACGAAGGCAUGCUACGUAGUGGAUCUUCUGAUUGCCAGCGAGUACUGGCUCGCUCUUUCCAGCGAUUGCAGCACGUGCGUAGAUCCUGUUGACGGCCAGGAGAAACACGUCUUUCAGCCUUUGCCAUCGCUGCCCAUGUUGCUCCAGACUUCAGAUGGCACGCUGCUGCCGCCUGAGGCUCCGGGCGCGGAGGGCGAGCUCUUGCUGGCAGGUGCCACGGUGUCGCCUGGCUACGUUGGCGAAGCCGGGAGGGUGGCCGCAGUCAGCGAUGCUGAAAGUAUCUGCUGGUUCAAGGGCACUCGGUACCUGCGGACACAUGAUCGCCUCCGGUCGGUGGGAGCUGGGCGCUUGGUCUUCUGCGGACGCCUUGGCACAUUGGCAAAGCGCGGUGGUCAGUUUGUGGAUAUCGAGGCCCUGGCCGCUUCUCUGGCCGCCACACCGGGCGUCGCAGAAGGCACCGUCCUCUCCGGACCCGAAUCCCUGGAGGCAUUCGUUACCCUGGAGGAGGAGGCACUGUCGCGGCCUCUCACGGAGACGCUGUCGGCGGCAGCGCGGGCAGCAGGAUCCGGCGUUCGACUGAAUGUUCGAAAGGCUUCCGCGACACCCUGUGACUGGUAA